AUGGUUAAAAGAGACAAAGGAAAGUCUGAAGUUCUGGGACUGGCCGUCUUGCUGCCUGACAACAACUCUGGAGGCAACAAAUUGGCAAGCACUGCCCCUUCGUUAGUCCUGGCUUGGUUGCUUACACCAAGUUGGCUCCUCCAAGCUCUUGUUUCCCUAGGUUCUUCUCUUUUACUUCUACUUUUUGUCUCUUCUGACCUUUUCCACGGCGUCCUACUCUUGUCCUACCAUGCUGCCACACUUCCAUCUCCCCGUCUUUCUUUCUGCUUCUUCUUCUUCUUCUUCUUCUUCUUCGUAAUAUCAAACUUGGCCUUUUUUUCUACUAUCAAUAAAAAGUUAAAACAAAACGGAGCUGAACAGCUGUUUGACGUACCUGGGCCAUGCCUAUCCAUCGGUGUAAGGGUUUCACCUGAUCGCAUCGAACGGAGGAGAGACCAGUUCCUCUGGAUGGAGAGCCUCAAGAUAUCGAGGCGCUUGCGGAAGAGGAGUCAGAAGAGCCAGGAGAGCCAGAAGAGCGAGAAGGGGCCGAAAAAGGGAUACUAA